AUGACCCCCGCCAAGCUCCAGGUUAUCUAUCGUAAAAUGUUGUACAAGCUCAACAGUAACAGCAUCAAAUGUUCAUCUCUCUACACCAGCAAUACAAAGAAUGAGGAUCAGCUGAUUACUUUUACCGCUACACCUACACAACAACCUCCAAGACAAAUGGCUGGAAAAGGAGAUGAACAGUUAGAGCAAUUGAUACAACAAAUAGAACAACUGAGAAAUGAAGGUUCAGCAAAAGAUAGAGAAAUUUCAGACUUACACACGGCACUGAGAGAUCUACAAUGUGCAUUGAGAGAUGAGCAAGUACAAAGAGAACGUGCAGUUGAUAGAGAGAGGAGAGACAAACAACGAUUAGAACGAGAGAAGGACAAUCUUCAGCAGCAACUGAAUCAAGAGCAAAGAGAAAAGGCCAACAUUGUAGAGCUGCUGUCAGAAUCUGAUGCUGCAAUUGAACGUUACGAGCAAGAAAAUGAAGUUUUCAAUAUUCCUUCCCAUGACAUUCAAUUGACUGGCACAGAACUAGGACGUGGAGCAUAUAGAGUUUGUGUUGGAUAUUGGCGUGGCUGUUCUGUUGCUGUCAAACUGUUGUAUGAUCAUUUGGCUGCUGUUCAACGCAACAUUCAUCUUGUUCAACAAGAAGCAUCUGUAGCAUGGAAGAUACAUCAUCCAAACAUUGCUGCUGUUUGUGGUGUCACUCUGGAGUUAGAAGAGAAGAAGGCAUGGAUUAUCAUGGAAUUACAUAGCGGCUCCAUGUCUGGUGUGAUUGAUGCAUGUCAAGGAGAUGUUGCACCUCUCACUUUACUAGAGAAAGUUGACAUGACACACAAUUCUUUGUGUGGACUGGAUUACAUUCACUCAAUGCAACCUACUGAGAUUCUGCACGGUGACAUCUGUCCAAGGAACAUCCUGGUUACAGCAACGAUGAGAGCCAAACUUGGUGAUCUAGGAGCUGCUCGUUUUCAAGAUGCCUCACUUUCGGUUGGUCUGCUCAGUCCACAAUACACACCUCCUGAGAGAUUUGAGGUUCCUACUUCUCCAAAAUGCAACAAACCGACGUGUACACACUUGAUGAGAGAUGAUUCUGCCACACGACCAACAGCAACAGAAGCCCGUCAUAUUAUUAGUCGUAUUCGUGAUACAGACGAGUAUAAAGCAUGUCCUCCUAAACGAAUGGUAAAGAACAAGAUGGAUGGAAUGGCUGAUGUCACUCUCGUUUAG